AUGACCGUGGGUGAACAAAGUCGACGGCCGAUUCCGUGCGACAACUCGCUCGAGGUUAUCGCUUCACUGACUGCAUCGUUGUCAAGUGUCAUCGAUAAAACGUGUGUGCUUCAGAGGCUGUGGGGCGUUGUGCAUCUGGACAAAUCCAAAAUCAGCAUAAUGAUCGAUACCACAUUGCCAGUUUUGCUGCAGUUGCGACUCUCGUCCCCAGAAGUCAACUAUUGGCUUGCUGCUGUGCUUGAAGAAUUCACAGCCUUCUCAAGCUUUGUCAUCCAUACCCAGCCAACCAAAGUCGCCUUCUUGAACAUGCUCGUCAAGCUACUCAAAGUGCCCGAUCCAGCGAAUGCGUUUCUUGACUCCAAAUGCACCGCGGCCAACUCCGUCGCAAAUCUGAUUCAAGUGUCAGGAGAGCAAGCAGCACACACGAUUGUGGUCGAUUCGGCGGGACUCGUUGGGCACUUGUGCGCUUUACUCCAUGUCAAAAGAGAGUGCGCGCAACAUUCGAGUUUACGGGCAUUGUGGCGUCUGGCGUACUAUAGCCCCACCAUCCGCGACGAAGUGAGCAGCCACCUGGCAAGCGUUUGUGUGAUCACGAUCAACAAAGACAUCGUUCAAAUCCGCCAUCACAGCCACUGA